AUGCUUGCACUCUUACCCCGUUCUCUGCAGCAAGAUUUGCCGUCGUUUCGGGUGCGUCCGAGUCGGAGUAGAUCAAGGCAACGUCGGCACUGGCUUCAGCCAGGCCUCCAAACCGAUGCCCCGAGCGCCCCCCGUCAAGGCAACAAUUUUGCCUUUGAGGGAAGAUUGCGAAAGCACAUUGUCGUGCAUGUUUGGCGAUUGAUAGAGACGCAUGAUUGCCGUAAACGGAAGAUCAAGUGCGAUGAACAGCAGCCCGAGUGUGGUCAAUGCCGUCGAGGUGGCCGUACAUGUCAUAUCAUCGAUAGCCUGUUCAAGCCACAUUCUUAUUCUUUCAUAACUUCACCGCAGCAGCACAGUCAUUCCUCCCCCGGUCCCCAGGAAAGGGGAGAGUCGUCUGCAACGCCAUGUGAUGGCCUAGAUACACUUUCUUCUGUAAUUGAGAGGAGCGCAGCAGCUGUGAGCGACUACCUUCGAGACAAGGAGAGUGUUCCUCCGGUUCUCUCACCUCCACUGUUAAGCGACCCAUCAGUAGAAAAUCAUAAUCUUCCAGAAACCAGAACUCCUAUUGAGCCCCCUAGUCUUCCGGGUGACCUUCCUCAAGAGACUCACCAGGAUCAAUGCGAGGUUGCAUUCUUUCUGCGUUACUACUGUGAAUUUCCAGGCCAGUGGAUGGACUUGUGGAGCAGCCAACCGUCAUACUUUGCCCAACAUGUCGUAUCGUUGUCACGCAUCAGUUCUGUUGUGAGAUACGCUGCGUGUGCCCUUGCUGCUAAACAGUUGGGUCAGCUGAAAGAUUAUAAAUCCAGGAUUCAGCAUACAUUGGCUAGAAAUGUAAUGCUGGAUGUAUUUGCGGACUCCAAAUUAGAUUUCCUAUGGUACGGCGCCAACCAGUUUUCUCCCGACUGCAUCCGUCAGCCUGGGCUAACCCCAGAAGGCAGCGAUGAUAAUUUCCUAGGUGAAUAUGAUAGCACAACAGCGUUGCAAAUUUUAACGGCUUGCAUACUUUGCCAAUAUGAGGACCCCAGCCUCACGGUGACAGCAAGAGCAUGGUCGGGCCAUUUAGAUGGCAUCUUCAAGCUGCUUCGAUCAUAUCUAAACCAUAAUGGUUCUUCCCACCUGCUUCUCCAAAUCCCAGACCCUUUGAAAGGGAUAGAUGCGAUGCUCUGGUACUUUGCCUUCAAUGACAUGCUCGAUGCUUACGAUCUGUCAAUGUGGCAGAAAGUGGGUCUUCCACUGGAUAGCAAUGGACAAUUAGCGAUAGUGAACGCCCAGGGCACGUAUAUAGAGGGCGUCAUGCUCAAAGCUCUGACUCGACUGCUAUGUCUACUUCUCAACUCUCAGUUGAAUGAUAUCAUCCAAUGGAAUCAUAUCGAUAGAGAAUUAGACCAGUGGCAUGAUAUUCUCCCCGCCUCCUUCCUAUCUCCUAUCACUUGGCCCCCCAGCAAAUGCGAAGAUGAGACACGAGAUUCCACUUUUCCAAGCCUAUUCAGUUUCGAAGUAUGGUAUUCCAAAGAUAUCUGCGCCAUUUCCAUGGCAUUCUAUUAUAUGGCCCGCAUUCUCAUGCUGAUAAGCCAACCAAUAUUUUGGUCAGCUACCAAAAGUCUACAGCAGGACCUUCGCCAACACGCCUCCAAGAUCAUCCCUAUUGCGUUUGGGGAUCCUAAAAAUAGAGUGAGGAAGUACAUACUGCAGCCUCUCUACGUCACGGGGCGAUGCCUGGUGGACGCUAAGGAGAGAAAGCAUCUACUGCAUGUGAUUGCCGGUAUAGAUGAUGACUUGGGUGUCUUUACUGGGUAUCGCCAAAAGGAUCUCUCUGAGGAAUGGGGUAUCCCUUACGAUGCAGUGGAGAGCCGUGUGUGCUUAUGA